UUCAGUUCUAUUUGAGUUGUUGUUGGGAUGCUUUUGUGAUGCUAGUCUGAUGUAGUCUGAGACAUGUAUUCACCGAGAUUCAUAUUUGUAACAAUCUUUUCGCUCAUGACUUCUUCCAUGUUUUCUCGAUGAAUGAUCUUGAUUUCUAAGUGGUUGUUCUAUUGCUGUUGUUUGUGUGAUGGACUGAGCUCCUGCCACACACUUACAAUCGUGUCCGUGCACCCGCCCAGGUGUGGUCAGAUACACACGCGGCUGUUAUGAAGUUGGCCGCAGACUUCAGCGACUCGCUCAUCCACCUGCAGACGGAGACAGACAGUCUUAGGCGGCUGAAGAGCGACCUGCAACGGGACAACAGAGGUGUGCGGCCGACCAACUGCAGGGACAUCAUCGCUGCAGGGGGGACAAAGAAUGGGGUUUAUUCUAUUUUCCCACCACAUGACGAGGAAGGAUUCAGGGUUUAUUGUGACAUGAAGACAGAUGGAGGCGGAUGGACGGUCAUCCAGAGAAGGGAAGACGGGUCAGUAAAUUUUUUCCGAGGCUGGGAGGCGUAUAGAGACGGAUUUGGGAAAACAACAGGAGAGCAUUGGCUAGGUCUCCAGAGGAUCUACUCCUUGACCCGAUCAGGAGGGUUUGAGUUGAGGAUUGACUUGGCUGACUUUGAUAACGCCACUGCCUUUGCUCACUACGCCGACUUUUCUGUCGGUCAGGACUCAGUCAACCCCGAGGAAGAUGGCUACCCACUGAUUGUGGAUCAGUAUUCUGGAACUGCAGGUGACUCCCUUCUGAAGCAUUCUGGGAUGCGAUUCACCACCAAGGACCGCGACCAUGACCAGUCAGAGAAUAACUGUGCCUCAUAUUACCAGGGCGCAUGGUGGUACCGGAACUGCCAUACAUCCAACCUGAAUGGGCAGUACUUGGCUGGAGGCCAUGCCUCUUAUGCUGACGGUGUGGAGUGGUCCAGUUGGACGGGUUGGCAAUACUCACUGAAAUUUACAGAAAUGAAGAUUCGGCCCAGACGAAACCCUGAUCCUUAACUCAGAACAUCCCUCAUCCAACAUCUCGUGUUGUGUGUCUUGUGUAAAACGCCAAAGUUUGACAUCACUAGUGAAUUUCUUGAUUCUGAUACAAACUGUUUAUACGGUUAGCUUGAUAAAUUUUCUCAGUGAAA